AUGAAUGUGCACACGUACCCUCACAUGAAUGUGCACACGUACCCUCACAUGAAUGUGCACACGUACCCUCACAUGAAUGUGCACACGUACCCUCACAUGAAUGUGCACACGUACCCUCACAUGAAUGUGCACACGUACCCUCACAUGAAUGUGCACACGUACCCUCACAUGAAUGUGCACACGUACCCUCACAUGAAUGUGCACACGUACCCUCACAUGAAUGUGCACACGUACCCUCACAUGAAUGUGCACACGUACCCUCACAUGAAUGUGCACACGUACCCUCACAUGAAUGUGCACACGUACCCUCACAUGAAUGUGCACACGUACCCUCACAUGAAUGUGCACACGUACCCUCACAUGAAUGUGCACACGUACCCUCACAUGAAUGUGCACACGUACCCUCACAUGAAUGUGCACACGUACCCUCACAUGAAUGUGCACACGUACCCUCACAUGAAUGUGCACACGUACCCUCACAUGAAUGUGCACACGUACCCUCACAUGAAUGUGCACACGUACCCUCACAUGAAUGUGCACACGUACCCUCACAUGAAUGUGCACACGUACCCUCACAUGAAUGUGCACACGUACCCUCACAUGAAUGUGCACACGUACCCUCACAUGAAUGUGCACACGUACCCUCACAUGAAUGUGCACACGUACCCUCACAUGAAUGUGCACACGUACCCUCACAUGAAUGUGCACACGUACCCUCACAUGAAUGUGCACACGUACCCUCACAUGAAUGUGCACACGUACCCUCACAUGAAUGUGCACACGUACCCUCACAUGAAUGUGCACACGUACCCUCACAUGAAUGUGCACACGUACCCUCACAUGAAUGUGCACACGUACCCUCACAUGAAUGUGCACACGUACCCUCACAUGAAUGUGCACACAUGA